CCCGCCUCUGCGCUGCCCUGCUCCAUAUAUGCCGGGGCGGCCCGCCCGCCACAGCUCCUUCACCGCGCCCAGGAUGCUGCGCGCCGCCGCCCCGCCACAGGCACUGCUGCUCGGCGCGCUGCUGUGGCACCUGGCCGCCGGCUAUACAGACCUACCAAUAGCAGUCAAUAUAACUUGGUCUUCAAUCAAUUUUAAAACUAUACUACAGUGGCAACCAAAACCAUCAGGCUACUUCUAUACUGUAGAAAUACAUGGACAGACAUCUGACGUGAAGAGAAAAUGCAUACUGACAUCAGAAACAGAGUGUGAUGUUACUGAUGUGCUCAGAAAUGUAAAGGAGACCUAUACAGCACACAUACUGUCUGUAGAGCCUGCAGAGAUGGAUAACUUUGAAGAGCCACCUUUUGCCGUCUCUGAAAAAUUUAUACCUUAUAGCCAGACUGUUAUUGGAAAACCAGAGAUAAAGGAUUAUUCACAAAAAGGUUCCAAACUGAAUGUUGUGUUCAAAGACCCACUUACACCAUAUAUGUUUCCUAAUGGAAGCUUUCUGAGUAUUCAAGAUAUUUUCCAGCAUGACCUGGAAUACAAACUCUAUUACUGGAAAGAUCAAAGUUCUGGAAAGAAAGAUGUAACAACAAAAAGCCAUAAUUUUGAAGUAAGUGUUGACAGUGGAAAGAACUAUUGCUUCUAUGUCCAGGGAAUCAUUCCCUCUCGCAGAGAAAAUCAUAAUGGCCAAGAAAGCAUGGUGCUCUGUACCAGUGUAGAAAGGAAUAUCUUAGAUGAAUAUGGAACAGAAGUCUUUAUCAUUUUAGCAGUGAUAGCAGUUGCAGUCAUCACUCUUGCCAUUGUCCUUCCAGUGGUUCUGUGUAAACGCAAGAAAGCAAAGAAAGCAAGAGCUGUGAGAGAAAAGGAGCUGCUUAAUGGUGUCUAAGGAAAAAGUAUUGCAGACACUGGUGGCAGAGCCAAAGCAGAAAAAACACCAGCAACAAAAUUGGGUAAUUGAGUGGAGCCUUUUAGGCUCUCUGAAACAGGAAUUCUGAAGCGCAAAAUUUAUGUGGAUUAAAAAAUCCACUAGACAGUACAGAUGAAAAAUCAAGAUAUCAAGAAGCCCUGUGUCAUUAGUGGCCAGAGGCUGGAAGAGCAUUCUGGUGAUCUGUUACAAUCAUAGAAUAAUAGAAUGUGCUGAGUUGGAAGGGACCCACAGGGUCAUUGAGUCCAAGUCCUGGCCCAGCACGGCACCAUCCCCACAAGUCACACCCUGUGCCUGAGAGAGUUAUCCAUCAGCUUCUUGACCUCUGCAGGCUGCUGCUGUGACCACCGCCCUGGGGAGCCUGUUCCAGUGCCCAAACAACCUCUGGGUGAAAAUCUUUUCCCUGAUACCAAACCAAAACCUUCCCUGACUCAGCUUUGUGUUGGUUUUUUGAGUCCUGUCACUGGUCACAAGGGUGAAGAGAUUGACAGCUGCCCCUCUGCUUCCUUUUGCGAGGUUGUUGAGGUGUCUCCCCUCAGUCUCCUUUUCUCCAGGCUGAACAGACCAAGUGACCUCAGCCACUCCUCACACAGCUUCCCUUCUGGAGCCUUCACCAUCCUUGUUAUUUUCCUUUGGACCCUCUCUAACAGCUCCAAGUCUUUUUUGUACUGUGGCACCCAGAACUGCCCCCAGCACUCGAGGUGAUGCCGCCCCAGCUCAGAGAAGAGUGGAACAGUUCCCUCCCUUUCCUGGCUGUGAUGCUGUCCCUGAUGUCCCCAGGACAGGGAUGUCCCUCCUGGCUGCCAGGGCACUGCUGGCUCAUGUUCAACUUUCCCUUGACCAGGUCCCCCAGGCCCCUUUGUGCUGUCCAGCCUCUCAUUCCCCAGUCUGUCUGUACAUCCAGGGUUGCUCCAUGCCAAGUGCCAAGCCCAGCACUUUCCCUUGUAGAACUUCCUAUGGCUGGUGAUUGCCUGUCUCUAAAUUGUCAAGGUCUCUUUGCAGAGAGAUUUUUCCUAGACUGUUACCAAGCCCCUUCUAUUGUCCUGUCAAACAGGAUUCUGAACUAGAGGUACUUUUAACUUGACCAGCAUGGCCUUAUUGAGCCAGAAUAUUUACGGUACUUGUAAGGGGAAAAAAACACUACUUUUUAAAAAUAGGCGUCCUUUACAUAACUAAAAGGAAUAUUUUUCUGUUUCUAUGAAACAAACUCUGUAUUUAUCUGUCUCUUAACAAUAUUAACUGGUGAAAUAAUCUGCUAGGUCAGAUGCAACAAGAUUGCUACUAUAAUUUUUGCACUUCUUGGAUAAAAUUAACUUGGUCUGUUUAUCUUUGGAUGCAGACAAAGGUAAACAAACUGAAACUACUGCACUGGCAACUUGUAAGAAACACUAUUGAAGCAGGUACUUACUAUUUAUCUGGAAAGUAUAUCAAGUUACACUACACUAGAGUUAUAUAGACAGGGGAGUCUGAUAGUUCCAACUAAGCAUUCAAACAAAUACUUUGCAGGCUUUGAGUCAACAGUAACUCACUUCAGCAAGCACUGAAUAGGUAGCAUUAUUUACUGCAUUUUGAACAUCAUUUUUAAUUAACAGAUUAAUGGUUUUUGUGGUGUAGAUUCAAAUCAUCUUGGUGAUGGGAUUUGGAGAUACCUGUUGCUUUGACUUUUAGUAUUUAUUUUAUAAAUAAGAAUCUAAAAUUUUUAUACUGGUGUUAUCUGUAUUUAUGAUGGUAAUUUAUACUUUUCUAAUGAAAUAAAGGUGACUGGAAACAUAA